AAAAAACAAUCAGAAGGAUAGGAAGAACCCAGCCCACCAUGAGGCGACCGAAAGCUGCUUGCCAGAUGAUGAUGCCACUCCUGGCGGUCCUCCUGCACAUGGUCCAUUGGCCAGCGGGAGAGGCGGCCUUUGGCAGGGAUGAGUGCACUGAGAUGAGCCUUAGCAUGGCCUGCCAGUGCUCGCCCGUCAUGUCAGAAUACGAAAUCCUCUGUCCGGCGUAUGCGGAGAAUCCAAAGUUCCGGCUGAGCAUCCAGCCGAGCAGAAGCUUCGUCCAGAUCAUAUGCAAUCUUACGGACACCUCAGACUACAAACAGUUGCCAAAGGUGCGAAUCGGGAAGAUGGACAUUGUGCAGAUGCAACGAUGCCUCUUGCCGGGCUUACUGCCCAUAGCGAAGAUUCUAGAAAACAUGGGCAUGCCUACGCCGCCGAUGCUCAUCUUUGAGAGCGACAACCUGGGCAUGAACAUAACCAGGACACACUUCGAGCUACUGAAAGGUUUGAAGCGACUGAGGUUCACAUCACGACGUCCUACUCAUAUUCCGGCCGACUUGCUCAGCGACAUGCGGAACCUGACCGCCUUGGAGCUAAGAGCCAAUAUUGCUGAAAUGCCGGCGCAUUUGUUCGACAACCUGGAGGAGCUGGAGUCCAUUGAGUUUGGCAGCAACCAGCUGAAACACCUGCCACGCGGAAUUUUCAGCAAGAUGCCGAAACUGAAGCAUCUGAAUCUGUGGAGCAACCAACUGCACAACCUCACCAAGUACGACUUCGAGGGUGCUACCUCGGUGCUGGACAUAGACUUGCAUGCCAAUGGCAUUGAAAUCCUGCCGCACGAUGUAUUCUUCUUCAUGCCGAACCUCCGGGAGAUCAAUCUGAGCGCCAACCUCUUCCGGUCCCUGCCCGAAGGCCUCUUCGAGCACAACACGCGCCUCGAGCAAGUGCGUAUCUCCAACAAUCGCGCCAAACUCAUCACUUUGCCCCCACGACUCUUUGCCAACCUGCCGGACUUGAAGGUGCUGUUCCUUAAAACCGAUCUAGAGUCCCUGCCCGGAGAUCUUCUGGAGGGUUCAGCGGGAAUCACCAAUAUCUCCCUAGCGUCGAACCACCUAACAACUCUGCCCGACAAGCUCUUCGAGCACCAGACGAACCUCCUGAGCCUGGAUCUCAGCCACAAUCAGCUGACCAACCUGCCAGACGAAAUUUUCGAUCACAACAGGGAGCUAAAGGAUCUGAAUCUGGAGUCGAACUACCUAACCCGCAUUAGCAGAAAACUAUUCAGCCGACUGAUCAGCUUGGAAACUUUGGUUAUGCGCAACAACCGACUGAACAUCAUUGAUCACAGUGCGUUUACUGCCACAUCCUCACUGCGGCACCUCUACUUGGAGCACAAUAACAUCGAUCUGCAGCAGUCCCUACUGACCAACCACGUGAACGAUCCAAACUCGCCAUUUUCCAGCUUGUUCAACCUAGAGACCCUUAAUCUGAGCCACAACUCCAUUAUGGUCAUCUACUACGACUGGAAGUUUGUGAUGACCCAACUUCGCGACCUGGACCUGAGCUACAAUAACAUCAGCUCUUUGAACUUCGAGGAUAUCCAGUUUAUCUCCAGAAACGGGCUGCAAGUCAACCUGACCCACAAUAAGAUACGAUCCAUCCUCCUGGAAAAAGAUGUCCCCGUAGACCGCACCGAUAACAGCGUAGUAAACAUCGAUCUGAAUGAUAAUCCGUUGGACUGCGACUGUACGAUGCUGAUCUUUGCCCAGUUGGUCAGAGGAGACAUUAAGCCGGCGUACGCCAAAUACUACAAACUUCAGACAGAUCGACUUUUCUGCAGCAAGCCUGGUGCCCUAGAAGGCACUCCGGUGAAGAAAAUCAUGCCGCAGAAACUUCUUUGUCCUUUCGAUUCCUCUGAUGCCGAAAACAAGCGCAAGUGUCCUCAGGGAUGCUCCUGCUGGGUGCGAACCUACGACAGGGCUUUGUUGCUUUACUGUAAUAAUGGUAACAUGACCCGGGUCCCAAGGCUGCCGGCACUGCCCCAGAAUCUUGAACUGAUGGAGCUGUAUAUGGAGAACAAUACCCUUUUGAGUCUGCCUUCUGGCGACAGCAAUCCUGGCUAUAGUCAGUUGACCAGUCUCUACAUCGCUGGCAAUAACCUUACCGAAAUCGGCGCAAACCAACUGCCAAGCCGACUGGAACACCUGGACCUGCGAAGGAACCAACUGCAAAUUUUGAACUCCACCGUGCUGGAUUUCUUUAACAACACCAUGCCACAGGGCACCAUGAAACUGUCCGACAAUCCUUGGAAAUGCGACUGUGACGCGAAAAAGUUUUUGAUCUUCGCCCAGGACAAUUAUUAUCGAAUCAAGGAUCGCGCGGAGAUGAUGUGCACGAAUGCCGAGCACCCAACCCGAAUGGUGGAACUUUCGACCGAUGACAUUUGCCCGUCUGACCGGAGCGUGUACAUUGCCCUGGCCAUGAUGAUUGCGUCCGCGGGUAUUCUGGUCGGAUUUACUGCCUCCUUGUAUUACAAAUACCAAUUGGAGAUCAAGAUCUGGUUGUACAAUCACGAUCUGCUUCUGUGGUGGGUCACUGAGGAGGAGCUCGACAAGGGCAAGCUGUACGACGCCUUCCUCUCGUACUCCAACAAGGACCGAGGCUUCAUCGAAGAGUAUUUGGUCCCGAUGCUGGAGGGUGGUAUUAAGAAGUUCAAGCUCUGUGUGCACGAACGUGACUGGCUAGUGGGUGGCUUUAUACCGGAAAACAUAGUGCGAUCCGUGGCGGAUUCGCGGCGAACCAUCAUCGUGCUCAGCCGGAACUUCAUUGAAUCAGAGUGGGCGCGCAUGGAGUUCCGGGCGGCUCACAGAGCGGCUCUGAACGAGGGCCGUGCUCGGAUCAUUAUCAUCAUCUACUCGGACAUUGGAGACGUGGAAAAUCUGGAUGAGGAGCUGAAGGCCUACCUGAAGAUGAACACCUACCUGAAGUGGGGCGAUCCAUUGUUCUGGGAUAGGCUACGAUACGCCAUGCCCCACCGCAAGCCGGUCAGAAACAUGGGCAACGGGGCGCUGAUCAAGUCGCCUCUGAAGAGUUCCACCGACGACAAACUGGAGCUGAUCAAGCCAUCACCAGUGACGCCGCCACUGACCACUCCACCGGCAGAGGCCACUAAGAACCCGUUGGUAGCGCAUCUGAACGGAGGCACCCCCCACACGGCCAUCAUGAUUGCGAACGGCAAGAACGGCCUGACGAACCUCUACACACCCAAUGAUAAGUCUCACGGUAAUGGUCAUAUCAACGGGGCCUUCAUCAUCAACACGAACGCCAAGCAGAGCGACGUAUAGGACUGGGAGAAGGCGGAGCUGUUCCAGUUCGAUCCGGAUGAUGAACUGUUGUUCCGUUGAGGGUGGAUCCGGAGCCGCCAACACUGCCAACACAAGCCCCAAGUCACUUGCGAGGCGGAGGAAGCAAAACCAGCAUGAAUGUAUAAAGUCUAGAGAAUAUUGAUUUCCUUGUCGGUUUGGCCACGUUAGAGUCUAGGUUUACAAAAAUUUCAAUUUCAAUAUUUCAUGUGGCCUUUGUUAACCAGAAAUUCGAAAACUUAGUUGAAGGUUAAAACAGUUGAAGAAAAACUAAAGAAGAGGUAGUCCUACCCCAUCACUCUGUUAAGUGUUAAUUGUAAGCUUGACUCAUAAGACACAAAUCUCAUUUAAUUAGCAAUUAUUUGUACAUUAGGAUAACUAUAAGAUGGCGCAGACAAAACCGAGAAUAGCUCAAGGAUAGAGUGAAAACUUUUUAUUUCAUUUUUUUACAUUUCGACGGAAUCUCAAAUGGAACGAGAAUCUGCGAGUAACUUUGAACAAAUCGAGCUUUAUUUGGAACUAACUAUUUAUUAUUUGUUAGACGCAACCUACAACUAAGUAAUCCCCAUGCAAUACACACAAAUGACGUAUCCAAAUAGUAGAAUAGAAUCACUCAGAACAAACCCCAAAAUCCCAAAACCCUAAAAAAGCUAAAGCCUAAAAGCGAGAUACAAAUUGCCUUCUUUGUAUGUAUGUAUGUAUGCUAGAUAUUUAGGGCCUAAGUAAGUUGUACCAUUCACAUUCAAUUACAACACUCUGUACAUAAGCUGAACACCACAAUAUCCGUACUAUUUUGUCAAAACGUAACGCAGCACCAGGCCAACCAGAUAUCACCUACUACUCACCAACUAUUCACGAAUAUCGAUUGUAAUCCCACGCCCAUUUAAACGACGCUAUAUAAAUAAGUACAUGCCCAGCGAAGACACAACUGAAUGGACAUCCAUUAUCACGUCAUCUACCAAACAAUUAGCUAGCGCCUCUUCACUCAUAUGAAACCAGAAUAUCGUCUACGAUACGUAAAUGUAAUUAAGCUACAAUAUGUGUAUGUAUAUCGUCUAAGCUAUAUAGAUUGUCUCUGAUAUGUAAUGCCUAAGGUACCUACAAAUUUAUGCAGACACUCACACACUCAUCUACUCGCGAGUAGUUUGCGAGUGAGUAGAGAUUUAAAUCUAAUUGUAUAUGAAAACACACAUAAAUAUAAAUAAAAUAUAUUUUAAAAAUUAAAA